AUGGACCACAUGCCAGCUGCAGGGAGAUCCGGGGGAGUGGUGAGUUUAUGGGAUCCUAACAUCUUCAAGGUACAAGAUUCUAUUAAACACCCUAAUUUUCUUUUAUCUGUGGGGGUUAUGAAAGGAAGCAAUAAAGCUGUUAAUGUUAUUAACGUUUAUACUCCUCAAAAUGUGACUCAAAAGAAAUCUUUGUGGGAUGUCAUUGGGGGUUUACUGGGUAGUAUGUCGGGUCGGUGGGUAAUCCUGGGAGAUUUUAACGCGGUUCGCUGCUUGGAAGAAAUGAUGAAUUCUAAAUUUAACAAAAAAUGUGCUUCCAAUUUUAACAACUUUAUUAUUUAUAAUGGGUUGAGAGAAUUCGACAUGAAAGGAAUGAAGUUCACGUAUCAUAAUAAUAAGGGCAACAAACAUAGCAAGAUCGACUGGGUUUUGGUAUGUUUGGAAGUUUUCUCUGAGUGGCCGGUGGCGUGUUUGAGGGCGUUGCCUAGGGUUCACUCAGAUCACCGCCCACUCGUUCUGUCCUGCUCGAAUAAAAACUUUGGUUCUAACCCGUUCAAAUUUUUUAACUCUUGGUUGGAUCGAAAAGAUUUCAAUGAGGUGAUUAAGAAAGCGACUGAUAAUUUUCAUGGAAUCGAAGAUUCGGAUGUUCGAUUAAUGGAAAAAUUUAAAAGGAUUAGGGAUGAUAUAAAGGUUUAG